AUGAGGCCAGAGAGAUUUGUCUACAGGCGAAUCUGCCCUACGACGAGGGAUGUUAGCUCCUCGGAUGCACCCGCGUACUGCUUCAUCGACACGUUCGACCUACGAUCACUUUGUGCAAGAGCUGUAUUGGGGACCACGACGCUCCCCCCACUACAUAUCAAAGCUGCAAAUGCGUUUCUCUCAGGCAUCGCAUGCAAUCUAUCCCACUUCAUAUUGCUUCCCAAGAAUGACCCCGAAGGUGUCGUGCGGUCGGCAUCUCUCCCAGGGGAUGAGAUGGCAGCGUCGUCCCCGAACAAACGGCCUCCCCACUGGUAUACCUACUCCGGCGCACUUGCUUUCGACCUUGCCGCCUCCGUGCUCCCCGCGCUCUACGGCACCCUCUCCAAGCUCUGGGUUGCCACCAUCGACUCUUCUCUCGUCAUCACCAUGGACGUGUACACCUGCGCCGGUAUCGUGGCCGAGGUCCUCAACGAAGGUCUCCUUGGCGCAGUGGCUGCAGCUGACGUACCAAUCUGUUCUGGGGCUCAUCACGAGCAUUGCCUCGUGGCUGGCGGGCAAACGGUCGCCAAAGGCUUCAUGCCGGCCGAGGUCCGCGACGCGAGCAUCAACUACGUCCGUAUCGGAGCAUUCAGCGCGCUCAGCAGUGCGAUUGAGGCUGCUGUCUCGUCGGCCACGAGAGUACUGGACCGCCCUGAUGUGCCCCACAUUAUCAGCUCCGUUAAGUUUGCCGUCCACAUCGUCCUCGAUCUGCUGUUAAUUUCCAAAGUGCACGUUAGGUCGCACCAGCCGACAGUCAACCUGCAGCUGGGGUUCCAGCUUGCCCUUAACCUCACCUCCGCCUCCUCGGUCUGGCGUUGGGCGAGACGUCCGAGUGCGAAGGCGCUCUUCAUCCUUCUCCGUCCCGGCGCCUCGACCAUCGUCGAGUCGGCGAUCUGCAACGCACUCUACCUGUGGCUGGUUACCAACAUCGUCUCCGCCCUGGAACAGACGUCCCUGGCCUUUGUUGGCCACGUAUGGGGCGCCUGGAGACGGAGCAUCGGCGUUAAGACCACGCAGCCGAAGGCAGAGAGGAGCAGCAUCCGCAAGAUUACGAGACCGGCCAUCAAAUCCCUCGCCAUAGCCACCGCCAUCGAGGUGCCCAUGUGUUUGUUCCUGACAUACACCCUUCGCGCGAUAUAUCAGCAGCUCGGACGGAAUUGCCGGCGUGACCGCGAUGAUGUGGCGGACGAUUGA